UUCAUUAAUAUUUUAUCCAGGCAUCUAGCAGUCUGAUAUAAUUUCACAAUCGUUAAUGACUUUCCAAUAAAUCCAGUAUGGAUUAGUAUUCAUAAAAGUGUUUUGUUGUCUACUGUUAAUUUUCCUUCAUUGUAGAAAAAACUUUGGACAAGUGAAUCGCGAAAUAUAAUUCGCACAAUAUAUUGUUGAAUACCUCGCUCGUAAUAGUCCAGUAAUUUCCACUUGAAUAAUAUGAUUUUGUGCAGUCAAGUUUUCAUAAGAUUCUAACAAUCGAUUUUAUGAACCAUAAGAAAACUACUUCUAACCAAAUUGCUGUCCAUCAAUCAUAAUGAUUUCUGAAGGGACUCAUUAUAUUAAACGGUAAAGUUUCGUGUUGUGUUUUCUACUAUGGAGUAUCAACCUAUUUUACUGAUUUUUAACGUAACAUUUUACCAUGAAAUAGCUAUAUUUCUAGAGCUUUGUAAUAACUCCCAAUUUUUUUCAGACUUGUUAAGAUCGCGAGCAUCGUUUUUAGGGAAAAAGUUCAGUAUUUUUUUUUUUGUUUUUUAUGCGCGUAAAUAAUAAUUUUUAAGAGGAAAUCAUAAUAUCAAAAAUUAUCAAAAUAAAAAAAUAAAUAUAUUUACUAAUAUUUUUUUCAAAUUAAAUAAUCUAAAUUUUACCUUUCAUUUAGACCUUUAAAAGUAAAUUUUUAGAUAAUUUGAUUAAUUAACCCUUUUAAACACCCUUAAAUAUAUUUUUUAGAGGUUGAAACUAUUUGGAACUUAUUCUUCAUUUAGUUACCAAGAGAAUGGUUAUACUUGUACAUUGAGUUACACUUAAUAUGACUAAAUAAAAUUAUUUUUACAAUUAUUAUAGAAAAGUAUUAGAAAAAUAUGAAAAAAAGAAAUUUUACAUCAAUUUGAUAUCAUAAAUUGCUUUACAAUAUUUAUAUAAUUCUAAAAUAAUAUUGGGGAAUUGUUUUAAAACUACUUUGUUAGUGUUCAGUAUAAAUUCAUAAAUUCGCCGACAUUGAUUAUAUCUCGUGUUAGAGUAACAGUUUUUUGUUUUUCCAUAAAUUCAGUAAUCAAUAUUAAUAAUAAGUAUAACAGUUGUAAAAAAAAAUUAACUUUUGGCUAAUAGGAAAUUAUUAUGAAAAGGUGUGGAUAAAAAUGCUGUCAGUUUACCAUUAAGAUUGAUCAUUUUAUAUAAUUUGCUUUGCUUACAUAUGAUACAAAAAAUAUUUUUUAUACGCAACAUAAUUUUUCUGGUCUGCAUAAAAAAGAAAAAAUUCUGAAUUUUUCAAUAUUGCAUCUUUAUUUUUUCUUCAUACAAGUAUUUAUUUCAUAAUAAGUGUUAGUUAUUAUAGUUAUUAUUUUUUUUGUUAUUUAAUUAUUUAUUUUCAUUUUGUGUUAACUGUACUAUGUAUAUUUACUAUGUAUACUUAGCUAUGUACCUACAAUGUACAUAUUUUAUAGUUUACUGUAAAAGAACAAGUUUUGUUAAACUAUAAAAUUGUAGAAAUAAUUUUAUUUGAAGUGAGAUCAAGUGUAACUUAUUAUACAAGUAUAACCAUUCCCUAGGUAACUAAGUGAAGAAUAAAUUUAAAAUAUUUUCAACCCCUAAAAAAUAUAUUUAUGGCAAAAUUAUCCAAAAAUUGACUUUUAAUGGGCUAAAUAAGAGGUAAAAUUUAGAUUAUUUAAUUUAAAAAAAAAUAUUAAUAAAUUUGCUUUUUUCUUCUAAUAAUUUUUGAUCUUAUGAUAUCCUUAAAAAUUAUUAUUUACACCCAUAAAAAAUAAUAUUAAAAACUUAACUUUUUUUCUUAAAAUGAUGCUGGUGACUUUUACGAAUCUGAAAAAAUUGGAGAACAUCGUUAAGCUCUAAGGAACACAACAUCACAAGAAGAAGAAAAUUUGAUAAAAAAAAAAUCUGAAACACCCUAACCUAUGUAAUCAUUUACAUUUGGCUUAAUUUUUUCAGCAAAUUAUUAAUUAUUACUAGUUUAUUGAAAAAUUUUACUUUUAAUAUGUAUUCCUUUUACUAAGGGAUUUUAUUUUGUCAUUAAAUACAUUUCUAAAUUCAAUAAUUACUCAAGUCUGUUCUCUAGUGAUAGUAAAUAAUACCAGUGGACUAUGUUGUUAGUUUUUGAUGUAAUAAUUUUACUACCACAGAAUUUGAUAUAGAUACUGGUCUGAUAGUAUCAAAUUAUAUGAUUAUUUUAUAUAAAUAACUAUAGGUAGGUAUGCUAUUUAGAACAAAUGAUUUUAUAUGGUGAUGUUUUUUUGAUGAGUUUUAAUGAUCUGUUUAGGUUUCUUUUUAACUUGAAUAUCCUAUUAAAAUGUUCACAGUUUAAUUGUAUAUUCAUUUUUAAAUACAUGGAAAAAAAGAGGGACAUACUUUGCAUGUAAGUGUAACCACUGUUGUAGGUGGUAGUUGGGAAGGUAGAAUACAGACGGGAAUUUAAUGUUUAUCUGUAAACAACAAUACAACAUUGCUAACAAAAAAAAAAGAUUCUGAGUUCAGUUGAUAGUGUCUUAUUAUGGUAAAAUGAUUACAACAAUGUGCAUUUCCAGGACAAAAAUGAUUGUUUAAAAGACAUUAAAAUAAUAAAAACUAUUGUCAAUGAUAACCAUUCUAAUCUUUCAAUCUUUUUUAAUCUAAAGAUCCAGAUUGUCUUCAUUAUCUCAAAUUUUAAUGAGAAUUUCAAAAAAUAACUUCUUCAAAGUACCACUCAGAGAACAUUUCCUUUCAGAAAAGGUACUAAACUUGAUAAUCGGAGUAAGUUUUCUGGUAAAAAAAUUUUCACAUAAAAAAAUAAAUAAACAACAUUGUAAAACCAAUACAUUCCUAGCUCUGUUUAGAACCUAAAAGUAAUUUAAAUAUUAUACAUAAAUGACUGUAGAUAUCUAAAGUUGGUACAAUAAUGUAAAAUAUUCUAAAAUACCAAUCUUAUCUUAUUUUUAAUUUCAAAGUACCUAUCUUUAGGAGUUAUGUUCUACUAGGAAGUAGGAGAUUAGGACCUCUAGGUUUUCAAAAAUAUAUAAAUUAAUACAUACCUAACAAAUUAUCUAAAUUAAAUGAAUAAACUAUUAAUUAAAAAAAAUCAGAUAGACCUAAUAUCUCAUUAAUAUCAAUGCCUUUUUUUUCAACACAGGUAUAAGCAAUACCUACCUACCUAAUAAUAUUUUAAAAUUGAAUACAACAAAAAUGUUUUAUUAAAAUAAAUUCAACCAAUUUUGUAAUAGGAAAAAAACCAUCAGUUUAAUUCAUUAAUUUUUACAGUGCUAUGUUUAAUUUACAGAAGAGUUAGAUCUGGAGCUGUAGACGCGCAUCCAACUGAAACAGCUAUUGUCGUUAAUUACGAAUUGGAUGCAUUUGUACUAGGUGAAAAUGGCGAACCUGUAAUAGGCGAUCAUAAGGUAAUGUAACUCCAUAUUAUUAAAAUUAAAAUUAAUAUCCCAUAGAUAUUGUAGGUAAUCCAGUAAUAUAUAUAUAUAUAUAUAUAUAUAUAUUACAUACUAGCAGGUGUCACCUGGCUUUCUCUGAAUGGUCUUUUUAUUUAAUAUCAUUGUUUUUUUUUUUUAUUUUUAUGUAUAGGGGGAUAUUAUAAUAAAUUUUUUGUUUGCAAUUGCUUGCUUGUGUAUGAUCUUUAUUUUUUUUUUCUUCAGCUACUCAUAAAAAAAUAAAUCAUCUGGUCUUUUUGUUGUUAUGAUAUUUAUUAAAAUUAUUUCCACUUAAUAUGCUAUUUAUUAAAUUAUGAUUUUAAAGAACCUUGAAAAGUCAUUUUGAUCAUUUGAAUCUGAUCCAGCUAUUAUGAAAGAUUUUAACUAAUAUUGUAAAAAUAAAUAAUUAUCAAUAUGAUGAAUUUUAAAAAUAUAACAUUUGAUACUUUCCAAGGAUGUAUUAAAAAACAAAUUUAAUAUAAAAUAAAAAUAUUUUUAAUGUUCCGAAAAAGAAUUUAAAAAAAAUUAUUUUGCUAUGAAAUAAUUUCAAUAUUUUUGAUUUAUUUAAUUCAUCCCGUAAUUUAUAUUUUAAUAAUUUUAAAUUUUUUUGAUAAUAAUUAUAAUCCAUAAUCAACAAGAGUAUACUCAAAAAUUAAAUUUUAAAACAAAUUUUAAUUGUUUGGUUUAUUUUAAUGCUUGUUGAUAUGCAAUGUUUUUAGUUUUUUUAUUUGGUGCACAUAUAAAGAUUUCCUGGAUCACCAAGUCUUGGACAUAAUACAUACAACUGACCAUGAGAAAAGCCUAUGUAUCAAGAAAAACUCCUUUACUGUUUAACAAUGAAUGGUCCUUGAGAUUUAUUAAUAGUAAAUGUAAAGGCAAGUUUUACUGUAAAUUGCAGUCUUUCAAAUUCAAAUGGAAUAUCACUAGGUCUGACAGGUAUUCUUGGAAUGCAUACAUUUUCACAUUUGCAACAUCCAGUUAAUAUUGUGGCUUCAACUAUAUUAUUAUUCAAAGAUUUUAUACACAAUCUAGUUCCACUGCUUAAUUUAGGUGGGUUAAGAUUUCCCAAAUCAUUAUAGUUGCACCAAUUUUUAAAGUUUAUGUAUGGGCUAGUGAACCUGGUAAUUCUAAAGAAUUUAAAAAUUCUAUUGGGAGUGUUUUAGAAGAUUUAUGAAUGCUUUCUAUACUCAAGAUUGCAUACAAUUUUAAAAGAUUGAUAUGUUUUAGAUUUUUCUGGAAGUAAUCUUAAUAUUCAUUGAUAUUAUGAACUCUGUUAUUUUUUGGUGCAAGUAUAGCCCUCUCGCAUAACCAUUCAUGAUUAAUAUAAUUUUUAUAUGUACCAGGAAAUACUUGAGUUUUAAUAAAUCAGUCGAGUUCACAAUAUUACAGAUAUUUUCUGGAAAUGUUAAAGUGUCAUCUAAAUUGUUUUGUUAUCCUCUAUCCCUGAAAAGUACUAAUUGUUUUAAAAAAUUCUCUAAAGGAAAAUCACCUGUUAGAAUUACUCUCAUAUUUAUGUUUUUUUUUUAUUUAUCUGUAAACAACUUUUCUACCAGCAAUUUGCCUCAACUUUUAAUGAUAGCAAUGUUUCUAAAAGGAAAUUUCACGGAGGUACUCUAAAGAAGUAAUUUUUUGAUUUUCUCAAAAGUUUUCCCAGAAAAUGUGAAAAACCAGGUUAAAACACAGCAUUAAACAAAUAUUAUUAAAAAAUAUAUAGAGCUUAUUUAAUAAUUUUACUAAAUACAUUAUUAUUAUUGUUACUAUUGUUUAUUUCUUCGAAAAGAUAAUAGACCCCACUAAACAGGUUCGUAUGGGGGCCCACGAGUUCACAAUUCAUUUUAAGGAAAAUAUUACAUUUAAAUAAUAAUUUUAAUUUAACUUUAUUUAUAUUAUUGGGUUAAAUAUGUUAUUUUUAAUAUUGCAUCUAUUCCCCAAAAGUGGGGAAAAUAAUUAUAAUAUGUAUCAUUUCAACAAGUGGACCAGAUGAUUUUUUUUUUUUUGGAUUUUAUAUUUUUAUUUUUAUUUAAUUUCAUUGUUUUUUCAAAAAUUAUAUUAUAAUUCACUAUAUUUUGUAAGUUAUUAUUUUUAAUUAAAAUAUAUUAUGUUUACAAAUUAAUUCUAAAGUUAUUUACAUUUUUUUAGGAAUGUCAGAAAGUAAUACACUUGAAAAGUUUAAAUAGUAAUACUGAUUGUAGAGCAUUGGCAAAAGAAGUAAUACACAAAUGUAAUCUUAUACACGAAACCAAAUUAUAUGACGUAGAGCAUUUAAUCUACUAUUUGCAAACUCGGUCCACUGCAAGUAAUGAAUAUAAAUUUAAAAAUAAUAUAUUUAUUUAUUUUUGUAUAAUUCAUGGUUUUAUUAUAGAUAAUAAAACUAAAGAAGAUAAAAAUCAAUUGGGACUAGAAAACAGCCCAUCUAAUAUAUAUCAUAUAUGUGGUUUAAUGCCUGAUGAUAAAGCUAGUUUGGCUAAAAUUGAUGAAUAUAUUGAAAUGUUGUAUGAUGAUAUGCCCAAAAAAGUACGUGGUUCUGGAUUCAUAUUAAAAGUAACCAGCGAUAAAGAUAAUCUUGAAGAACUUUCAUCAUCAGGUAUCAUAAUACUAAAUUAUUUAUUUAAAAUAAACAAACUAAUGUUAAAUUAUAUAAUACUUUUAUAUUAAAUUUAACAUUUACUAAUUAAUAUUUAUUAACAUGUACAUAAUACUUAUUUAAUAUUUUAGAUUCUGAGUGGAGCGAAGAAGUUUAUGGUUUUACAAAGAUGUUUAUUUUAUUUUUUUUUCUGUGGACAACUUUUCUACUAGAGAUCUUGCUUCGAUUUUUAAGUGUAGCACCUUUUCUGUAAGGAAAUAAGUGUAGGGAGGUAUUUGAACAAAAUGAUUUUUCGAUUUUCUCAAGAGUAUAGUUUUCUUAUUAAAUGUGAAAAACCGAGAAAAAAAACUGGAAUUAUAUCAAAUAUAUUAGUUUUUACUAAUAUAUUUGAUAUAAUUUAUUACAAUUUGUUUUUCCUGUCAACAACUUUUCUACCAGAAAUUUUUCUUUGAUUUUUAAGUGUAGCACUUUCUGAAAGGAAAUUUGACUGGGAAGGUACUUUAGGGAGGUCAAUUUUUGAUUUUCCCUAGAUUUUUCUCAGCAAAUGUGAAAAACUAAGAAAAAACAUGGGAAAAUAGGUACAACAUUAAAUAAAUAUUAUUAAAGAAAAUGUUCAAUGUACGUAUAAUUAUUUUACCUAAGUAUGACAUAUAUAUUGUUGACAAAGCAUCACUAUCAACUGAACUCCACUUGGAAUCUUUUUUUGUAAGCAAUGGUUUAUUGUUGAUUACAGGUAUACAUUAAAAUACCUAUAACAGUGGCUGCACUGUCUCCAUUAUCUUAAGACAUCUUUUUAAGUUUUAAAUUGUAGGUUUGACAAUUUUAUAGUUUAUGGAUUUAAUUGUUUAAAAAACGGAAUCUUAAUUGACACUAUAAAAGUGUGAAUUAUAAAAUUUUAUAAACUUUUAAAUUGUAUUCUUAUUGUGUAUACCCAAAUUAUGAGUGUUAAAAAAUGUACAAUCGGAAAUAAAAUUGGGUAUUUAUUUUUUUUAAAUUUUAAAAUGAAUAUAAUAAUAUUCUAUCAUUUUGUUUUAAAAUUUAAAUGGUUACUUAAUUUAGUUUGACCUAUGGUAGUAUGUUUUAUAACUAUUAACUAUUAAUAGUUAUUUUUUAUUAAUUGAAAAUAUCUGUUUAUUUGUAUAGAACCUACCAUGAGUGCUUUAGCAAGAGUUCUCCGAGAAGAAUAUCGUAAAAGUUUUGAGCUGAGUUCAAAUAUAAUAAAUAUAUUUCUAUGUUUUUCUGCGUAUAAAAUAUUCCAUAAGAUGCUUAUUGAUCACAAAGUUAGUUUUUUUCGUUAUUAUUUUUUUAUUUUAUUAAUAUAUCAAUAACUUAAAAAAAUAGACAAUAAUAUUAAUCAUUUUUCUUCCUCUUAGAUUUAUUUGCUUUGUGUAGAAGUACUGGAAUAUGAAUUGAAUCGGUAUGAUAAGCUCAAAAGUCAGAUAGUAAGUUCUCCUCGUGAACCUAAACAGUCAAAAGUACCAACACUUUCAAAGUUACCUGUUCCUAAAAGUGCCCCUAUACCAUCAAAAAUAGUUCGUAGUCAAAUACCUAUUAGUGCUACUACUAAUAGCGAUAAUAGGAGACAUUCUGCUUCUCUUGAAAAUGUAAAACAAAAUUUCAAAGGUAUUUAAGUGUAUUUAUAUUUACUUUAAAAUAUUAAAAGCUAUUACAUGUGUACAAUUUUUUUUAUACUAAAUAAUAUUUUUAUAUAAAUAACCUAAUGAAAAUAUGAGUGACAUUAUGUAUAUAGAUAAAAUUCCAAGAAGCUUGGAUACAAAUAACAUAAAAUCUGGAUCAGCAACAAGAAAUCCUGAUGAAUUAGGAGUACAUCAGUUGAGAAGAAAUUUAUUUAAGUUAGGAAAAAAUCAAGAUCAAGCUUUAAAGGGUAUGCCUAUUAAUCAAUCAAUUUAUAUUUAUUUAUUAAUUAGUUAAUUAAUUCUAUUAGGUGCUGUUGAACUGAUAUAUAACUUAACAAUUGAUAAAAUAAUGGAAGAAAAAGUAGUUCGUAAAGGCAUUAUAAAGUUGUUAUGUCUUUUAUUAGAUAGAACUAGUAUUGAUUUACUGUUAAUAAGUCUCAAGUUAUUAAUUCAGAUGUCCGUCUAUAAAGAGCAUGUAGAUAAAAUGGUGAGCAUUUUUCAAAAAAAAGUACUAUUUUGAUCUCUAAUGACAAAUUGUUGUUUUUUUUUUUAAUCAAUAAAAAAAAACAUUUACAAUUCAAAAUUUGAUAAUUACUAUACUAUGGUUAUCUAUUUCUUAAGCAGAGCUUAAAUAGAGAUAGAGAGUGUAAAAAUAUUAUACUAAAAAUUCUAAAAAAAAAAAAAAAUAAUGUACAGAAUUAUUAUUUAUUUAAAUAAAAUAAUUAUAAUAUAGAGAAAUCAAAAUUACAAGAGAAAUAAUAGAUUUAAUUUUUAAACAUAUUUGUUUGUUAUUGUACCUAACUUUCCUAAUAAAUUAUGCGUAUGUAAAUUCCAUUUUAAAUGUUUAUUAAAAAUAAUAACUAGAUAUUUAAUUCUAGAAACUUAAUUUAUUAUUUUACAUGUAUGUAUGUUGCAAGUUUCUUUAUCAAAGCAUCUAUGUAUUGUUAUUGGAUUACAAUUAGUUGAAGUCUUAUUAAUAGAAAAAAGUAUUACUAUAAAAAGCCUUCUCUGUGCCAAUACUAGGUCUAAAUCCAUACUGGUUUUUAGAUAAAAGUUUAUUAUUUUCCAGGAAAGUAAUUAUCCUUACUUUAAUUAUUUUUUUUAAGAUUUUGGAAAAAUUUAUUAGCAGGGAUAUUAGCUUAUAGUUAUUAAUAUUCUUACUAUCUUCACUCUUCAGAAGAGGUUUAAUAACUGCUACCUUUAGAUUAUCUAGAAAAACACUGCUUUAUACUGAGGUUAUAAAUGUAAACUAGCUGAUCAAUUAUUAAUUCAAUAUGUUUUAAUAAUUUAGUCAUUUAGUCUAUCAUAGUCAGCUGCAGUGUUAUCUUUAAAACUAUUCACAAUUUUUAGAAUUUCGACACUCAAUGUUUCCUAAAAAUAAAUUAUCAAAAGAAAAUUUAUUAUUAACAUUUAGAUGUUCAUUAUUCAACACAUUACUAAAAUUCUUAGAUAAUUUUUUUCCUACAGUUUAUGAAAAAUCGUUGAAAAUAUUAGAUACUGUUUUAGGAUCCAUUACUGUAUUGAACACUUUAUUAUUAUUUACUACUGGUUCAAUCUUAUCCUUGUUAUUUGGUUUAGAGUAUGUUAUUUCAUUUAUUAGUUGCCUUGUUAAUUUUGGAUUAUGAAAGACACUCUUAAACUUUAUUUCAUAAAAACUUUUUUUUACAAGUCUUAAAACACUUGUAUAUUUAUUUUUAUAUUUUUUAUAAUAGUUGGCCACUUUUAUACUAUUAGGAUUUUUCUUACAUUUUAAUUAGUGAGCUUGUUUAUAUCCUGAUAUCCACUCUUUAUUAUUACAACUUAUCUCUUUAUUUACAGUCAAUAUAUCAAUUGCUCUACUAAUUAUAUUUUGAAAUGCUUUAAAAUACUCAUUAAUAUUAGUUUUAUUAUAUAUUUCAGAUUAUUUUUCUGUUUGUAAUGAACAUUUAAUUUUAUUGUGAUCAAUCAUCUAUAAAAAACAGAUUUCUAUUAAACUGAGUUUGACUAUCAUUAAAAUAAAUCGUAUCAUCACUCCGAUUAACAUUAACAGUUAUACCUGUUAAUUUUGUUUUCCUUAUAUUUUCCAUCAUAGUUUGUUUAGUCUGGUUUGUUUGGAAUUCUGCAAUUAUUUUCUGGGUUUAUUUUGGAUUUUCCACUAAAUAGGAUAAGCUUUCAAAAUAGUUGUAUUCACUCCUACUGAUGCAAUUUUUAUUAUUUGUUUCUGGAACACCCAAAAUUUCUACAAAGUUUUCUGUUGAUUUUUGUUCUAAGACAUUUAUAUACUUCUGUAAAUAAGCAAUUUCAUUAUUCAGUUUAUUAUUUUGCUCUUUUAAAAUUUGAUUUUCCUCCUUAAUAUAUUUUAUUGACGCUAACAUUUCUUGUAGUUAACUAUUAAACUUAUUGCUCAUGAAGUUAACUGAAUCAAUUAAGCUGUUUAGUUUGUUAUUGUGAACAUAUUAUUAAAACAAGUAAAAAUGUUGAAAAUAAUUUAUUAACAAUAUUAUUCUAUUUUUUUUAUAGUGUUAUAGUAAUAUAUAUUUUUAAUAUUUAAUUCAAUUGUUUGUAUUUUAGAAAAAAUAUUCCAUAAUUGAAAAAUUACCAAAGAUGUUCAUGAUGAAAAAUUCUAAUUUAGAAUGUUAUACUAUCAAAUUUUUAUACAAUUUAUCAUUUGAUGUGACACUUUGUGAUGACAUUUUGAAAGUUGGAUUAUUACCAAAGAUAACUGAAUUAAUUGGUAUGGAUUUAUAAUUUUGUACAUUUUGAUAAUAUUUGUUAUUAAUAUGAGUAAAUAAAAAACUAUUGAUUUUUUUAUAUCAAGUUGCAUUCAAAAUAAAACAAAAUAUGUGUAAAUAUUAUGAAUAAUUUAGUUCAAUCAAUGGUUAUUUUAAAAUUGAAAUUUGUUUUUAUUACCUUUUCAAUUUAUUACAAUGAUAAAUAUGGUAAAAAAAAAAAUCAUUUCUAAUUAUGAUCAGUAUUUCAAAUAUUUAUCAAUGAAAAUAUGUGAUAUAUAUCAUUAAAUUUAAUAGUAUGUAAUUUUAGGUACAGAAGAAAACAGUGAAUUAGUAUGUAGACUAUGUUAUCAUUGUAGUAUGGAUGAUCGAUCCCGUGCCUUGUUCUCACAUACUGAUUGUUUAGCAAAGGUAUUUUCAAAUUGAUAAUAGUAUUUACAAAUUAAGUAUAAAUUUAUUUACUUUUAUUACAGAUUGCAGAUUUGUUAUUAACAUUUAAUCAGUAUAAUUUAGUAUUAGCUGCAUUAUGCACUAAUCUAACUUUGAAUGAACGAAAUUCACAACUAUUAAUUGCAAAUCAAGGUUUGAAACCUUUUGUACAGUCAGCUAUUGAUAAAGCAGAUCUGAUGUAUUUUAAAAUUCUCCAUAAUAUGUCAAGUCAUGAGUCUUUAAAACCCCAAUUUGUAGUACGUACUCAUUAAAAUGUAUUUAUUUGGUAUUUUAUUUCAUAAAAAAAAAUAUUAAUAACUAAUUGCCAUACUUAAAUAAAAAAUGUAAAAUUACACUCCAAUCUAAUCUUUAGAAUAAAAUUAUGAUUUAUUAUUAUUUUUUAAGAUUCUGAUCACGGAAUAUAAUUGUUUUGAGUGUGUGCCUGUUAAGUUUUGAGUGCAGUGAGGAAUGCAUUGAUUUAACCAUGAUUUUUAUCACCAAUUUUUAUUUUUAUGGUUUUCUUAUGUAUUUUUUAUUUGGACAACUUUUCUAUCUGAAAUAUGGUCCUUUAAAAAGGACUAGAGAUUUCAUAGCAUUUUAGAUCUAGUUGGUUUAUUGGGAAGAUAAUUUUUCAUUCUUCUUCUUUUUCAGUAUUUGGAAAACCAAGAAAAUUUUAUAAAAGAUUACAGAAAUAAGGUUUUUGGGUUUAAUUAUUUUCGAUUUUAGGUUUUUUUUUUUUGUAAUUCAGUUAAAAAUUAUUGUAGAGACCAGGAAUAUAUGAAUAUACUCUAUGAAAUAUAAAAAUAUUAUGUUGUAAGACAUAGAUAAGAUAUUGUAAACUUUUUGAGUGAUUAUUUCUUUAAAUUUUUUGAAUCUAAUGUUAUAAAAAUUCUUUUUUAGACAAUAUUACAAGGCUGUCUUCACCUAUAAAUAUAAUAGUUAUUGACCAAAUAAAAGUUUUUCAAGAAUUAUAUUUCAAAUGUUAUCCAAAUUUUCAAUAUUUUUGAAAGAAUGUGCCUUUAUUUUACUAAAGAUCAUCUCUUAUUUAAUAAUUUAAAAUAUUCAGUUGUUUUCCUGCACCUUGGAAACACUUGUAACACAUAUACUUAAAAAAGGCAAAAUAGAAUAUAUAAAAAAUUAAUGAUAAUAUUUUUUGAAAUUAUUGUUAAUACCAGAUUGUCCUCUUAUUUUUCUCCGAUAUCAGAGUUAAGUUGAAAUUUAGAAGGAGGAUAAAAUUUAAAAAUUAGGGAAGGAUAAGGAGAAGGAGCAGACAUCAGACUAAAACCAAUAUAUUCCUUGCCUACUCAGAAUACAAAUUUAAAUAGAUGGAUAUACUUAGCGUGUGGGUGGAUUAUUAUUGUAGGUGAAAAGUUGGGAAGGUAAAGGGGAAAUUUAAUGUAUAUUUGUAUACAACCAUUAAUCAUUGUUGAUGAAAAAUAAUUACAUACAUGUUAUAUAGUUUCAUUAAUAAUAUUUGUUUAAAAAUGUAUCUAUUUUCUCAUUUAUUAUGAUAAAAGCUGGAAAAAUCAAAAAAUAACCUCUCUAAAUACCACCCCAUUCAGGUUUCCUUUUAGAAAAUAUGCUAUCAUUGGAACAAAAUUGCUGGUAAAAGUUUGUCACAGAUAAAAAAAUAAAUAAAUAUUGUAAAACCAAUAUAUUUCUGACUGCUUGUAAUCUAAAAAAAAAUUUAGAAGUUAUUUUAAAAAGCUACUGUAGUUUUAAUUAAAUUUAUGUAUUGCUAAUUAUUUUGAUUUUAAAUUUUUAAUAGGAACUCAUUGGACAAUUUGCUUAUUUAGUUACUAUAAUAAAGGAUAUUGAAUGCAUAAUUGAAUGUAUUGGAAUUAUUGCAAAUGUAAAUGUACCAGAAGUCGAUUUUAAAGAAUUACUGGAAUCUCAUAAUUUAAUUUCUUGGAUGGUACAAUUUGUAAAUAAUGGUAUAGUAUUUUUUGUGUUAAUUAAAUACUUAUAUAUGGCUUAUUAAUACUUAGAAUUUUAACAUUAUUGUUAUCAGACAUUUUUUAACAUAUUUAUUUGCUUAUAAUUGAAAAUAAAAUUGUUGUAUAUUUGUAUAUUAUUAGAUUAUAAAAGACAAACAUACUUCUCAAAAUGGAUGAACCACUGGUGUAUGUGGGAAGUUGGGAAGGUAGGAUAUAAAGGGAAAUGUAAUGCAUAUUUUUACUUAACAAUUAAUCAUUGUUAAUGAAAAACAAUUCUGAAUAUUUUGAAUAGUUUGGUUAUUACAUGUUUUGAAAGGCCUUAUUAUUUAUGAUUUUUAUCAAAAUUUAUUUUAACUCAUCACUCCCAUCACCAAUUUUUAACUUCAUCUAUUUAAAAACAGAAGUAGGUAUUUGUUCACCUUUCACCCCUAAAAUAAGAGUGAUGAAAAAUAAUGUAAAUGUUAAAUUUUAGAACAGCUUGCUUCUUAAAUGUUCUUUAAAACAAAUUUUGAAAAAAGUUAACACUUUCUGAGAUAAGUUUCUUAAGUUUUCAAAACAAAAAAAUUCUUAAAAAGUUUAAUAUUUUCUGAGAUAAUGAGUGUUUACAAUUGAGUGAAUCAUCCUAUAUAGUCAACUUGAGGCUGGGAAUAAAGGGAUUUAUUAAGGUUACAUAGAAGCCUUAGAUUUUUAUUACUUGGUUCACAUGUUCUAGUGGGACUUGGUAAAUUGAGUCCCUUUUGAAAUAUUUAAUGUAGUAUAUUAAUAAUUAAUACAAAAUAUUAAUAAAUAGUAUAUAGUAGAAGGCAUAUGGAUAUUAAGUAUACAUAGAAUAUGGACAUUAGAUGAAUAUUAGGAAUAUGGAUAAUCAAUACAAUUGGGUUAUUGAAACAAAAUGUGUAGGGAUGUAUAUUAAAACAUUGAAAAUCAAUCGGUUUAUUGAAACAACUAGAGCCAAGAUUGAAGACAAAAUCCAGUUAUUUAGUGAUAAACAAUGUACUGAAUUCCACUUGUCCAAUUAUAAUUUAUUUUAUUUUCACUGUUCUUUAUCAUAAGUACAGUACCUACUAUGCUCUUUACUGUUUGGUAUUUCUAGAAAUCUAUUAUGUAUUAACAUCGAGAUUUAAGUUCAGAAUAGAAGUGCUAUUUAUUUUAAAGUUACGCAUAUUUUACAUAGGUAAUAUUUAAAAUAAUUUUUUUUUUCAUAGUAGAUAACUUUUUUUAAAUUAUAAACUUUUUUCAUAAUAAUGAAUAAAAACAAUCUGUUAAAUGACCCCGUUGGUCCAAAAGUGUUCUUAAUAAGUGGCUUCUACUGUAUAUGUUACUCAUGUUACUAAAAUAAUUAAUACUGUUAAAAUAUGAAAAAUAAUUUUGCAUUAAAUAUUAUAUUUAAAUGAUACAACCUUAAUAAAGUCAAUUCUACUUAUAUUAUUAUUCCUGUAUUUCGUCAUUUGUUUUCUUAAUAUAAUAUUUUUUGUUUUGACUUUUUAUUCAUUUCUUUGAUUCUAAUUUGAAUGUAUGUAUUAAAUUGGAUUUCCUUGAGUGCGUCAAUAUAAAUAUAAGUAUUCGGAUGUGUCAUAUAAAAUACACUAGUUAGCUUGGCAUGAAAAGAUUCACAACAAUUUGUUGUACUAUUUGAUGUUGUCGAAAAUGCAGCCCAAACAUUAGACUAAAUGGAGAAUCUGAUACAAUAUAUGUUUUUAAAAUAUAAUCGGUAAAUAACUUUAAAUUUUCAUUUGCAGGAAGUUUCAAUGUAAAUAAUUAUGAACAUCUUUAGGACUUAAAAAUGGUAAACCAAAAAAUAAUUUCAAAAAAUUACUUUCGAUAAAUCAAUACAUUGUAUUUUUCUCCAAACACUUUGUCCAAGGUGAAAAUGACAACAUUUAAAAUUAAUUGUUGGCCAAAUUUGUUGUAGAUGAUAUGUAUAGAUUUUUUAAAGUAAAUACAAAUAUAUGUAGAAGAAAAUUUUAAACCAAGAAUUGCACACUAAUCCAUGAUGUACUUAAAAUAAUAAUUAUAAGAUUUGGCAAUAAAAAAAAAAAUUUUCUGGUUCUAGUUUAUCAUGAUUGUGAUAUUCAGAACUUUCAAUAACUGUAUUGGAAUUAUUCAUAAAGAGCAAGGUUAGGAUUUAAUUUUUUAAUAAUUUUUGAAAUCAAAAUUUAUAACCAUUAGUAAUAAAAAUAAUUCAAUUUUUUUAAUUUUCAUGAUUUACAUUUUAAAGUUUGAUAUAUAUAUUUCUUAUAAUAACUGAUGAUGCAGGACUGCACAUCAGGUAAUCUUGGACUCUAGUUUACAGUAGGUAAUAAGUAUCAAUACAUGACAUCUAAGUAAAAAUCUACUAAAACGUGGUCCAUUUGAAAUUUUAUGUGAUUAACUAAUAAAUAUGUAUAAUGUGCGUAAAAAUGUAUUAAUAUUGUUAAAAAUAACAUGUUUUGAUCAUAAUUAAUCGUUUAAUACUUUAAAAAAAAAUAACUGACUUCAAAAUUAACCAAGUUUAAAACUUAAGAUAUUUUUUUUAAAGCAUUUGUAUUUAAUAAUCUGUAUUAUACAUUAAGUCAAUAUGUAUUAAUUAUUGUUACCUACAUUGUAUAUGUUUAAGUUAGUUUCAUCUAAUAAGUAUAAAAAUUGUAAAAAAAAGUUAAAUUUAAAUUAUUAUUUGAAUGUCACACGAACCUGUUCAGGUUCAUUGUUCAUUGUUUAUAUCUUUUCCAAGAAACAAACAAUAAUAAUAAUUCAAAUAGAAUUCAAUUUACAGAUUUUGAUUAACGAUAAAUUUGUUUGGGUCUCAAUUUACCUAGUGACUAGUGAUAGGGUCUAGUUGAGACUAUAGUUUUAGUAAUAGUUUUAUUUGUUCAAUUUAAUAGAGGUCAUUCAAGUCAUAAAGAUAUUAUUGACAUGAUUCAAGUGUAUGAUAUAUUAUUAUUAUUAAGAAUGUGACUGAGUUGUAUUAUUCAAGUGAAUAAAUUAGUCCCAAAGAAUCAUAAUCUAACCAACUUACACUAUACUUGUUAUUUCGAAAGUAUUACAUUUUUCUAAUUUUUAUUUUUUUAGUUAAUUUAAGAAACUAGCAACUUUUAAAUGUAACAUUAUCAAAAGAGGUUAAUACUUUCUGAGAUAAUAAGUGUCUUAAAUUUUGUUAAUCAUUCUGUAUAUUACUCCAUAUUUUAAAAUCAAAACUAAUUAACUCUUUUAUUUAAAGUUCAACAUUUAUAUUUUUAGCGUGUAAACCAAAUCAAACAGUUACUGAUGCCAGACUUUUGAUAGAAAUCAUCAAACUUCUAGGAACUGUAUCUAAAGAUGAAAACUGUGGUGAAUUACUUUAUGAACACGGUACAAUACAACAAGUCAUAAAUUUAUUAAAAAGUAAGAUUGAAUGGUUUAUUUGUUUAUUAUGUUUAUAGAAUAACUUUAUGUAUUACCAGGCUUCAUGCAUAGUUUUAUAAUGUAUAAUAUGUAUUUUAUGUACAUAUUAAUGUCAUGGUUUUGAAGAAGUAUACAAAUUUUGUUUAUGAACAAAAAUACACAAUUUUAGUGUUAUUUAAACAUUAUUAUUUAUAUUUUAGACCAAAGAGGUGAUGAUGAGUUAUCAAUACAAAUUAUGUACCUCCUGUAUCAACUUAUGUGCCAUCCUAUAACAGGAGAUUAUAUUAUACAAAAUACAGGUAAAUUAAAAUCAUGAAAAACAAUAAGUAAUCAUGUAUAAUUUUACACAUUUUAGUUUGUUAAAUUAUAUAUCUAACUAGUAAUUCUGCUCUUGGCCCAAAUACUAUUUUGGAUAUAAUAAUUUAAACUAAUUUUUAUUGAAAUUUUUAAAUUUUAAAAUAAUGGUUGAACAAAGUCAUAAAUGUAAAAUAAUGAAAUAUAGUUGGUUAAUGUAUGUAUUUUAAAUUGUACACAAUAAAAAAAAUUUUAACAGUUUAUUUUAAAUAUUAUCUUUUAAUAAAAUUUAAAUAUUUUUAGUUAAAUUAAUAUUAAUACAGUAUGACUGUAAUAAUAAUAGUAUUAAUGUAAAAUAAAAAAAAAUGAUCUAUAUACUUAUAGACAACUAUAGAUAUCUAGGAUAUAGAGAGGUAUUUAAUGUAUAUCUGUAACAUAACAAGAUUAAUUAUUGUUAAUGAAAAACGUUUCCAAGUGGAGUUCAGUUAUACAUUUUUUAAAAGGUCAUAAUAAUUUCCAUCAAAAUUUGAUAUUACAAUUUAUAUUUAAAAAAUAGUGUAUCAAAUACAACUUUUUCUCAUGGUCCACUAUGUACAACUUAUAAUGAACCUCCUGUUUAAUUUUCAAGCAUUUCUGUUUGGUUAUAGGAAUUCUAAAAUUAAAUUUGGCAAGAAGUUUAGGUGCAUUAAUGGAACCAUUUAGAAGAACUCUAGUUUGGUUUGACUGUAAGAUAAACUACUAAGUUUUAGGGGUGUAAGAUAGGUAAACAAUCAUGUGGUUUAUAUUUUAUUGUAAGGUAAAAGGAAUUAAAAAGUAAUUUACACUGAACAUGGUCAAGAUGGUAUGAGUCAGAGGAUGUAUAUGGAUUAUUGAUCCCAAAGAAUUGAGCCAUGUCAGCUAUUUGACAAGAGUGCAGUAAAGGUCUAUUAAAGAAUAAGAGUUUGAAGUUCAUGGAAAUAAUGUACAUAUAGAUAACAUGCUUAAUGUAAGAAUGAUAAUCUAAAUUAGAGGUAAGGAUGGUACCCAGAUCUUUUUUUAAUAAGACACUAUUGUGAGAGAGAGUAGUCAACAAGAAUGGGAGACUAACACCUUGUAGAAGGCAUAUUUGUUUACAUUUAAUGAUAGUCCCUGAUUAUCCAACUACAUAGUUAAGCUGUUGAGUUCGGUUUGAAAACAGAAACAAUCAUCUUCAGAAUUUAUUUGUAAAAAUAGUUUGACACCAUUGGCAAAAACCAUGGAGCAGUAACUCUUGAGUGCAUUAUUCAAACCAUUAAUUAUAAUAGGGGGAAAGAUGACCCAAUGUUAUGCUCGUAAGGGCUGAUUAAUAAUCUAGAACUUUUACAUAGAAUGUAAUUAUUAAAUAGAAUGCUGUUGUUAGGAGAUUGGGCUGAAAGCCAUAUUUUCCAUUAAUAAAAAUUGAAUUAACAGAAGACUAAAUACUACUGAUAAUCAAACACUCAAAAAGCUUAAUUAUGUUGCUUAGAAUGGAAAUAGGCCUAUAGUUUUGCAUUUUAUUUUGUUCUCCUGUUUUGUAAAUAAGGGCGACAGAUGACGUUUUUCAAUACUGAAAAAUAUGAGUUGUUAGGCAAGGGGUGAUAAGGUAAAGUAAGAUAUAGCAGUACUACAAGGAGGUUUGAAAACUAAAGAAAAAUAAGUAGAGAACAUGUUGGAAAUUUGUUCCUUCUCUGAGCAGUGCCAAUCUUCUAGGACUUAGAAUUUAAGUGCUUGAGGCUCGAAAUUCCUGAGGUAGGAGGGCUCUUGCAUAUAAAUUUCCAAAAUCACUAAGAUUACUUGAUACUAAGAUACUUGAGAUUCGGGUAUGGAGAAUAUACUCAAUUAGAUCCAAUUAGAAAACAGCCAACAGCCAAUGGGGGGACCCCAUCUUCCAUAUCUACUAAGAUGAGUAGAUUGUGUAGUAAGGGUCCCCAAAAUGGUGGAAGCUAGAUAUAUUAUCCUAUUAUCUUUUUUAAUUCUUUAAAAAAUAAAUAAAUACAUUUUAAAGAGGUAGAAUAAAAUAGAAAUUGAUGGAAGAAAAAUAUAUUAAGAGGAAAGGUCUUAAUAGAAAUUUAUUAAAGAAAUUUAUAAUUAGUUAGUAAUGAACAAUUUAUUAAUAAUAUUUUUUUUUCCUUAUUUUAGAAUGUCCAAUUUAUGUAAUUCGUUUAAUGCAUGAUCCAAACAUCAGAGUUCGUAAAAUGAGCAAUUAUUGCCUUGAUAUUAUUAAGGUACAGCAUUUAUUGUAAUUUUCUUCUCCAAAUAAAUCAAGACAUUUGUGGGAAUUAAAAAAAAAAUUGUUUUUCUUUUUUAAUACCAUAUAUGUCUAACUAAUAAAUUUUAAAAGUGUAGAGAUUAACAAGGGUUGGAUUCCAAACAAGAUAACAGGGAGUGGCGAUUUCAAAAAUUCAUAUUAAGGCAUAUAUAUAUUAUGAACUCAAUGGUGAAUCAAGGUAUAUUGAAGAGUUAAUAGGGAUCGCCCUCCCCUGCAUCGGCCACUAGAUUGACAUAUCUUUUCAGUUAUUCACUAACUAUACUAAUUUCCUUAUUACCUUUAUCUUUAUUUAAGGAAUUUGAUGAAACUUGGACAAAAAAAAUUAGAGCUGCAAAAUUCUGUUGGUUUAAUGCCUAUUGGUUAAACAUGAUGAAAGGCAAUUGUGAUAUACCAAGUAUAAAACCUAUAUAUGAACCUAGUAAUGAAAUAAAUUUGUAUAGUUAUGUACAUCAAGCUAUAUUGAUGCCUGAAGAUGGUAAUAGUUUAAUUUGUUAUCAAACAUAUUUUUUUGUAUACAAAUAUAAUUGUACUUUACAGAUUCUAUGUUUGAUAAAGAUGAUAACAUUGAGAUUUUAUCAACAAAACCACAAGAAAACAAUAACAGUAGACCUGAAAGCAGAAAUUUGGAUGAUCGGUGUGAACUACAUCUUAUUUUAUAAAUAAAUAGAAUAUAAUAUAUUAUUUUAUUUUAUUAUAUCUCACGUUAAAUUGAUUUUUAAUAGGUUUGAUUAUGAUUUAGAAGACCCAUACAAUGCAGAUCAGUAUAAUACUGAUAAUUAUGAUGAAGACAUGACCAAUAUAGGCAGUCAUAUGAUGCAAAAAUUUACAAAUAAUAUUAUUCAUUUUACAGAUUAAUUUACUACUUAUUUAUUACUAGUAAACACAUAAUCCACUUAUUUCCACAAAUUUUGUUUGAUUCAAAUAUAAAUAAACAUUCUGAAAUAUAAAAUUAAUUAAAUAAUAAUAUUAAUAAUUAUAUACAAAUUUAAUAAUUUAUCAUUAUUAAGUGAAUAGUAUUUUCUUUAAAUAGAAUCUAAUAAAGUAAUGACAUAGAUAAACCUUAGCUACUCAACUUAUAUUAGUUUUUGCAGUUCAGUUAGAUUCAACUAUAACAUGGUAUAAUAAUUAUUUAUAAAAAUGUCAAAAAUGAUUCACAGAUUAAUUAAUUUUGUUAAAUUGAGUAUUUUUAUUUAUAUAAUUAAAUUUACACCAAUAUAUUUUAUUUUUAUUUUCAAUUAAAGAAAGUAAUAAAAACAAAAAAAUAGUCAUAACUAAUUAUUAAUUUUAAAUUAUUUUUUAUAAGAUUCAAAUCAGUAUAAUUUUUUAUUCUAGAUUUUAAGUGCACCCAGGAAUAUAUUAAUUUUACCUGUGUAAUUAUUAUUAUUUUUUUUUUGUAUAUGUGUGUGUGUGUGUGUGUAUUACUAAAUUUUCUACCAGGUAUCUCUAAUCAAAAAAUGGUAAGAGCUUUAUGAAGUACUUUAGCUCUAGUUAGUACAUUAGGGAGGUUGUUUUUGAUUUCUCUUGCAGUUUCCCUAUUAAUAAGCAAAAGCUUAUAGAAAAAACAAUUUCAAUAUUGUUCAAUUCUUUUGUUGUAAUUUGGUAAAACAAUUAUUAACCAGAGAUUUUCACAAAAUACCUAUAUUGGCUGUUUUUUAGACAGUAUACAAUUGUUUAACUACUUAUGCUUUUUAAAUUUUUUUUGUGUUUUUGGCAAAACCGAUAUUUCAUUCUAUUUUGUUAGUAAUAAUAAUAAUUUUUAUAACCUGUACUACAUGCACAAUUUAUACAAAUACAAAUAAAAUUAUGUGAUGUUAAAUUUUGCUUUACAUUUUUAAAGCAUUAUUUCUGUUAUUUAAUGUUUUACUGGUAGUUUUUCUUUUCUUUUUUUCUUAAUAAAAUAAAAAACUAACAAUUUUUUUUUGAUAUUUAUUACCUUGAAUUGAAAUGUCAAAAUAGUUGUGCUUUGAAAUCAUAAUUAAAAAAAUACAUUACUAAUAAUUAUUAAAUUCUGAGCAAACUGAGGAAUUAUAUUGAUUUUACAAUGAUGUUUAUUUUUUUUCUAUACACUACCAAAAUUCUUCCAGUAAUCUUGCUCCAAUGUAUCAAAUGGAGCACUUUUUCUGAAAGGUAAUUUUAUUUUAUUUUCCAAAUAGUUUUCAUAGUAAUUGGAAAAAAUUGAGAAAUUCUAUGAUUAUUUAAAAUGAUGUUUUUUUGUUGUAAUUCAUUUAAAAAUGUUUGAAAAUUAUUAUAAAUAUAUUUUUAUUAAAUUAUUUAAUUUAUAACCAAAAUUAUUUUAUUAAUAUUUAAAUAAUAAUACAAUUUUUUUUUUUGUUAGAUACAAAAUAUGUAAACAUAAUAUAAUUUCCAAUGAACUUAAUUAUAUGUAUUCAAUUAUAAACAAC